AUGGAGGGUCAGGCUGAGGGGCAGGGAACUGCUGGCUCCUGGCAGGCCUGCUCUAGAGCCCGAGGGCCCCCCUCCCAGGCCAGUCUCCCUGCCCCUGAUCAGCCAUCUGCCCUGCGGUGGGAGCUGCAGGUCACACUCUUGAGCACGGAGAAGAGCAGGUGCUGCCGUGACUUGGGAGCUGCGGCCUGUCCCCCAGUUUUUUUCUCUUCUAGUCCUAGAGGACCAGAAGCAAACCUGGAGGUGAGAGCUGAGCACAGCUGGCACCAUGCUGACCUUCUGCUCUGUGAAGAAGCAGACUCCACUGCCGGAAAGCCCGCCACCAGCGCAGAUGAGGGAGAUGGUACCCAGGCCUGCCGAGUCUGUGGGGACAAGGCCACUGGGUAUCACUUCAAUGUCAUGACCUGUGAAGGAUGCAAGGGCUUUUUCAGGAGGGCCAUGAAACGCAAUGCCCGGCUGAGGUGCCCCUUCCGGAAGGGCACCUGCGAGAUCACCCGGAAGACGCGGCGGCAGUGCCAGGCCUGCCGCCUGCGCAAGUGCCUGGAAAGCGGCAUGAGGAAGGAGAUGAUCAUGUCCGACGCGGCCGUGGAGCAGAGGCGUGCCCUGAUCAGGAGGAAGAGGGGAGAACGGAUCGGGACUCAGCCCCCAGGAGCCAGGGGUCUGACUGAGGAGCAGCAGGCGAUGAUCAAGGAGCUGAUGGCCGCGCAGAUGAAAACCUUUGACACCACCUUUGCCCAUUUCAAGGAUUUCCGGCUGCCCGAGGUGCUUAGCAGUGGCUGCAGGAUUCCAGAGUCUCUGCAGACUCCAUCCGGGGAAGAAGCUGCCAAGUGGACCCGCAUCCGGGAAGGUUUGUGUUUGGUGAAGCUCUCUCUGCAGCUGCGGGGGGACGACGGCAGUGUCUGGAACUACACACCCCCAGCUGACAGCGGCGGGAAAGAGAUCUUUUCCUUGCUGCCUCACAUGGCUGACAUGUCAACCUACAUGUUCAAAGGCAUCAUCAACUUUGCCAAAGUCAUCUCCCACUUCAGGGACUUGCCCAUUGAGGACCAGAUCUCCCUGCUGAAGGGGGCCAGCUUUGAGCUGUGUCAACUGAGAUUCAACACUGUGUUCAAUGCGGAGACUGGGACCUGGGAAUGUGGUCGGCUGUCCUACUGCCUGGAAGACCCUGCAGGGGGCUUCCAGCAGCUUCUACUGGAGCCCGUGCUGAAAUUCCACUACAUGCUGAAGAAGCUACAGCUGCACAAGGAGGAGUACGUGUUGAUGCAGGCCAUCUCCCUGUUCUCCCCAGACCGCCCAGGUGUGGUGCAGCGCAGCGCGGUGGACCAGCUGCAGGAGCAAUUCGCCAUGGCCCUGAAGGCCUACAUCGAGUGCAACCGGCCCCAGCCUGCCCACCGGUUCCUGUUCCUGAAGAUCAUGGCUAUGCUCACGGAGCUUCGCAGCAUCAACGCUCAGCACACCCAGCGGCUGCUGCGCAUCCAAGAUAUACACCCCUUUGCCACCCCACUCAUGCGGGAGUUGUUCAACCUCACAGAUGGCUGAGCAGCUGCCCCUUGGGCAGGUCUCCCUGGGCAGCCAGAAGCAGAGCCUUCGGAGCCGCUGCCCCUGGGACUAGACAGAUGGGUACCGCUGAGAGCUGCCCGUGCCCUGCAGGUCCUGCCCCCCAGGGAACUCAUGAUGACAGCUCUGACUGUGCUGGCUCGCAUUGCUCAGGGUGGGACAUGGGUCUCCCAGCCCUCGGCUCCGUCUGUGGAGAGGGAAGCCAGAGAGCCUUGUAGGGAACAUGCGCUGGCCUCUAGGUCAGGCCCAUCAAGAGGCAGAGCCGUCCUCCCCUUAGAAAAGGCUCUGUGGCCUGGGGACUGAGCGUCGUGGGAGAUGGAAAAGGGCAACGGGAGCUGGGCCAAAUCCAUUGGCUUCUUGGGUAUUUCGUUGCCACCUCAAGUACCCGCCUCCCACUUCCAACUCAUUGCCGACCCUGAGGCUCCAUCCUGAGACAUGAGGUGAGUUUCAGGCCUGUGCCUGUCAGCAGGUGCACUAGUGUCUGCUGGGGUAUUCUGCAGAGAAGCCAGAGGCCUGCACCAAGUAUCAGGCAUUUGUCGUGACCUUCCAUGUGUUAUUCUUCCCUCUUUUUGGGAUCCUCAUUUUGUGUCUCUGCAUCCAUUCAAACACAUUAUCAAGCAGCAACAGUAUGCAACCUGCUCUGGGGUAUACAGUGCUGACUCAGACAGGGAUCCUGACCUCAGGGAGUUUAUAGUUUAAAGAAAACAAAGCAGAAAUACAAAAAGCUUUGGUCACAAAAGGAGAGGUGGUAAGAAACACAAGGAAUGUCCUUGUGUGGAUGCUGAGCUAUGUGGGGUCUGCAUGCUCCUGGGGACACAAAUGAGGGAUCCCUGGAACAUGUGCUCAUGGCAGGAAGGGCACUAAUGGGCUAGGAGCACACAUGUGUGACUUAGUGCAUGUCUGCUUCCACAUCCGAACUGGGGCUUGGGCGUGUUCCUUAGGCUGGAACACCAGGGUGGUCUCUGUGACGGCGGUUAAUAAACAUGCUAGGUGAA